GACCGGUUAGUGUCGAUCGAGACAUCGUCGAAGUAGCAGUCUAUUCUUAGCGGUUUUACGAAUUGCCGACGUUCCCUGUGUGCGACAGGAUGAAAACGUUCGUCCAAGUUCUUCUCAUCGCGGCGUGCUUUGUCGCUUGUGCACGCAGUUACCCAAGUAGAUUAGGAUACGAUUCGUCUGAUGAGGAUGAUUUAGACUCUAUGGGCUUCGACAUUGCUAUGCCUAAUUUCUUUUCUGAUACUAUUAAUAGACUCAGGCAAAACCUCUUGAACUACUUCUGGACUAUACCUGAUAUCACGAGCUUCAAGGCUCCCGAAGGAGCGAACACAACAUCCACGACUAAGAUCAUUAACGGUCAUGUGGUGACGAUCAACGAGACAACAUUCGUGAGCGGUGAUAAUAACAGUGGCACCGUGUUCCGUAUUCGUACAGUCGACGUGAAGCCACAAAACGAGACCGAAGUGAUCGGAGGCAGCACGGAGCAACCGUCGGUGAGGCCGGAACCAGAAUCAGACAGUCGCGAGACGGUCGAGGAGUUCAACAACGAGAUACCGAAAAACACGGAAACACUGACCGCUUAAAAGGUAGUCAGUCUGCUCGCGAGACACGUCGACGAUCAGCGAUGUCUGAGUGGAUUUUAGGAAGAAGAAGGAGUGACCUUUAUUUCGUGGCUGUAGUAGAGUAACUUCGAUGCCACACCGCGGUGUGCAUCGUAUUAAAAUAUAAAGCAUUACUGUAAUAUAUACAUAUAUAUAUACAUUAUACAUGUAAUACAUACAUAUAUGAAGUUAUGUUUCUGUUGUUUCCUAUCGCUUCUCGAUACGGUAGUAUAUAUAACGUUUACCUGCGUUUCUUCGGAAAAAAAUAUCGCUGUUCCUGAAAAAAAUAAGCUGGAAUAUUUUAAAAUACGUAAAUAAUACAAGUUGGAAAUAGGGGGGGGGGGGGCUAAUUGGUUUCAAUUAAUUGCGAGAAUUUAUUUAAAGUUAAUUAAUUGAUUAAAAGCUUUCGAAUCAAAUUAAAACUCUCGGUUAAACGUGGAAUUAAAAUAAAUGAGAUUUAAAGGCCAAUGUGCGUUUACGUUUUUCAGCUGAACAUUUUAUACUCUGAAUAGUCUGAACAAUUGAAUUUUAUACAUAUGAAAUACGCUUAAGAGACACAUAUGCACUAGUAAUUGAUAUGGAAAUAAAAUGUUAUGUAACA